CAGAAAGUCAGAGACAUGGAGAUAAAAAACUACAGCAGCAGCACAUCAGAAUUUAUCCUCCUGGGCAUCUCUUCCAACCCUCAGCUACAGAAACCACUUUUUGCCAUCUUCCUCAUCAUGUACCUGGUCACCAUGAUGGGGAACAUACUCAUCAACCUGGCCAUUUACUCUGACUCCCGGCUCCAUACACCUAUGUACUUUUUUCUCAGCAACCUGUCCUUCAUGGAUAUCUGCUUCACAACAGUCAUUGUGCCCAAGAUGCUGGUGAAUUUGCUAUCACAAACAAAGUCUAUCUCCUACGUGGGCUGCCUGGUCCAGAUGUACUUCUUCCUAGCUUUUGGGAACACUGACAGUUACCUGCUGGCCUCCAUGGCCAUAGACCGCCUGGUAGCCAUCUGCAACCCCUUCCAUUACGAUGUGGUUAUGAACCCAUGGCGUUGCCUCCUCAUGUUGAUGGGUUCUUGCACCAUCUCCCACCUGCACUCCAUUUUUUAUGUGCUACUCAUGUCCCGCCUGUCUUUCUGUGCCUCCCAUGUCAUUAAACACUUUUUUUGUGAUACUCAGCCUGUGCUAAAGCUAUCAUGCUCUGACACUUCCUCCAACCAGAUGGUGGUCAUGACGGAGACCCUGGCUGUCAUUGUGACCCCCUUCCUAUGCAUCCUCUUCUCCUACCUGAGAAUCAUCAUUACUGUGCUCAGAAUCCCCUCUGCAGCCGGGAAGUGGAAGGCCUUCUCCACCUGUGGCUCCCACCUCACCAUAGUGGUCUUGUUCUAUGGGAGUAUCAUCUAUGUCUAUUUUAGGCCCCUAUCCAUGUACUCAGUGGUGAAGGACCGGGUUGCCACACUCAUGUACACAGUAGUGACACCCAUGCUGAACCCUUUCAUCUACAGCCUAAGGAACAAAGAUAUGAAGAUGGGUAUGAGAAAACUUCUGGAGCCUAGGUUCCCCUCUGAGGGCAUCAAUAAUGAUCUCCUCUCCUGGGAAGACCACACGGCCAAUCCUCCCAGGGCUCUGGCUUGUGGGGAAGACAGACUCUUAGGUCUCAUUUUCUAUCAUCAACUCCCACUAUAG